AUGUCUGUGUCAAGGCUGCUCAAGCGACUCGAGGUCAAGCCGACCGAGGAUGAGUACGAAAAGAUUGAGACCAAUCGAUGGGGAAAUCGAGACAUCUAUCCCAUCCCUCAUGACAAACGCACAUAUGGCACCUAUGCCUUUGUCAGUUACUGGGGUGAGGCAGCCAGCAUUCCCACCACAGCUUCAGAAGUCCUCUUCAUGAAGACACCACUGACUUUGAAAUCCAAGGCACCUGUGGGAUUUACGGUCGGCAUGUUUCUGGCAUGUGGCAGCGCGUACCUCAACUCCUACCCUGGUGCGAGGCACUUCGUGGGUUAUGGUAUGGUCGCUCGUGCGGCCUUUGGGCUCUGGGGCUCAUACUUUUGUGUUAUGCUCAACGUCUUUCAAUCCUUCGUCUUUUAUGGUACACAAAUGUACUUUGGUGGUCAAGCCAUUGUCCUCAUUUUGAACUCGCUCUCUUCAAGCUUCCUGCACAUGAAGAACACCCUUCCUGAGAGCGCUGGCAUCACCACACCAGGCCUGAUUGGAUUCGUGCUGUUUAUCAUCCUGUACUUUCCCAUCAUCUAUUUCGUCCCUGCUUGGAAGAUCCAGAAACUCUUGGAGAUUCAGAUCUUUGUUGCAGCGGCAACCUUGUUGGGAAUCAUGGGGUGGGCCGUCAAUAUGAACGGAGGCAGCCCAGGAAAUCUGGUGUCAUCGUCGCUCAAGAUCUCCAAGAUGGAGGCGGGAUUUCGUGUCAUGCAAGGAAUUACCAGCGUGGCUGGCACUUACACUGGUGGAUCCGAUCGAGCAUCCGACUGGACACGGUACAGUCGAAGGCGUUACGCUUUUGUGCCAGCCGUGCCCGUCAUGGGCAUCACGGUCAUCUUGACCGCGCUGAUUGGCAUAAUCACGGCGUCAGCACUGACCCAAGUCUAUGGCGAGACCAACUGGAACCCCCUGAUCAGCCUUCAACAAGUCCAGGCCGAGACCUACACGGCCAAAUGUCGUGCGGGCACCUUCUUCGCAGGUCUCGGCUUGCUGUCGGUCACGAUCUUUGUCAACUAUACGCAAAACUGUGUCUCGUCGGGCAUGGAUGUGGCCAUGCUAUUUCCCAAAUACAUCUCCCAACGCCGUGGAUCCAUGAUCUUUAGUAUCCUGGGUAUUUUGGCGCAACCAUGGCGAUUCCUCACCCAGGCCACCACGUUUAUCACCGUGCUCAGCAGCUUCGGCGUCUUUAUGAGUCCCGCGGGCGCCAUCCUGGCCGUCGACUUUUGGAUCAUCCGAAGGUGCAAAUGGAACAUCCCCGAACUCUACCGGCCCCACGGUAUCUACUGGUUCUGGCAUGGUAUCAACUGGAGAGCCAUGGUGGCUUAUUUCCUGGGCAUGUGGCCCGCCCUUCCAGGCUUUGUCAACGCCACUGGCGGCAUGUACGUCAACGACACCUGGCGCCGUUUCUUCCAGAUCAGUUUCUUCUUCGGCUACAUUGUCUCUGGCGGUCUUUACUACCUGUUCAACAGACUGUCUCCGCCGCCUGGUCUGGGCGAACAGGUUGAUUUUGACGUUGACGGUCGUGUUGUUGAGGAGGAAGAUGACGAGAGUACCGUUUCGGGUACAAGAGUGAUUGAAACCAAAGUGAUUGACCCUAUUGAGACCAAGGUUUGA